AUGCCUAGAGCAGUCUCUGUGGACAUAGAAAGUUCCGAGUUAAGGAGGUCGUCGCGUGCGGCAAAGAAGAGGCAAACUUACGUAGAGAGCGACGAUAGCGAUGAAUCAGCAUCGGAGGCUGCAUCUGAUGAUGAAUACAAAGCUACAAACGUCAAAAGAGCCAAAACUGCAAGUAAAAAACGUCAAAAGAAGUCGCCCUCUUCAACUUCAAGACCGAGCAAAAGUUCAAAUAGUUCAAUUCCCAAGGAUUUCGAGGAGAAUUACCUCUAUGAAUCCCUCUCUCAACCGGAGAUAUCGAUUCACGAGUUGACCUUGGAGUGGAUCGAAGCCUACGAGGAAGAGCCUUUAGAGUCCAUCACAACUUUGACAAAUUUAUUGCUAAGGUGUUGUGGGUGCAUUCAUCUCUUGCAGCCUCACGACUUACAAAAUCUAGAUUCUGCUGCUGAUACAAUAGCAGAAGUGCAAAUAGCAUUUGAGCUGCAAAAGACCCAUGAGUACCCAUUCAUCUCCAACAACAAAGAUUUAAGAUUCUUCAGGAAGAACGUUUUGGAAUUGUUUGAAGAAUUAAUCGAUAUAUCUUAUGAAAAGGGUUUAUUGUACAACAAUGAAGAUGAUGACGAUGAUGAGAUGGAUGACGACUCAUCAUCUCUUGCGUCUCCGUUGAUGAGAAAUGUAUUGACAUGGUUCACUUCUUUAUCUACUUCUACGGCGAGACCACUAAGACUCAUUUCUACUGUUAUCCUUUUAACAAUUCAAACCAAAUUGUGUCAUGUAAUGGUAAACCUUAUAUCAAAUCAAGAAAAGUCACAGAAGCAACUCACGAACAUUAAGGCCAAAAAUAAGAAGAGUAAAGCCAAGUUGGAUGCAGUUACUAAUACCAUCAAGUCUUACCAUUUACAAAUUGAAACGAUAAAUGAAUAUUUCAAUGAUAUUAGCGAAACAGUCUUUAUUCAUAGAUAUCGUGACGUAGAUCCUACAAUCAGACAAGAAUGUUUAAGACAUUUAGGUGAGUGGAUGAUCAUUUACCCUGACCAUUUCUUCCAAUCAUCCCAAUUGAGAUACUUCGGUUGGUUGUUGUCGGACCCAUCAAGUCAAGUUAGAAAUGAGGUGGUGAAGGUGCUAUUGAAGUUGUAUAGAAACAUCACAAGUAGCGCUGCAAGUAACUACAGUUUAGGAGUAGGAUUUAGACAAUUCACUGAGAGAUUCAAGCGUCAAAUGAUGAAUAUGAGUGUUAAGGAUCAAGAUGCAAAUGUCAGAGUAAACUUAAUGAGUUGCUUAGUAGAGUUACAGAAGAUUGGGUUCCUUGAUGAGUUGGAAAUUGUAGACAUAUCACUGCAUUUUUUCUUUAUCCUUGAGAAUAAAAAUGGCACUGAAUUCAGUACCAAGUCAAAAGCGAGCGAAGAUAAAUUGAAAUUAGAGUUGGCAAAGUUCAUUUCGAUAGCUAACAUAGAUUCUUACAAGAGAAGCCUUGAAAAGUACAGCAUAUACUUGGAGAAUAUAGGCGAGAAAGAAAAUGAGGAAACGAAAUCUCAGAUCGAGGGAUUCAUGAAGUUUAACCUAUUAAUCCAAUUCUUGAAAAAGUGUAGUGAGUAUUACCAAAAGAAAAGAAAGGCUACAAGUAACAAUGCCAGUAAGGUAAUUCAUGUUAUUUUUGAAAGUUUGUACCAAUUACCAUCUUAUCAUAAAUCAUGGGAAGUGCUCGUAAAUUAUUUCUUAUUUGAUUUUACAGCUAAAUUAACUGAAGGAGAGGGAUUGGAAAUUAAAAACUUGCUAGAAUUGAAUUCUAACGAGGAUAAACACUAUGUUUUGAGCUUCCUUCUUGGAAGCUUGGAAUCUAGUAAAAAUAUCAAAGCUACUUCAACUUCUGAAGAAGAAAACUAUGAAUCUAUUAUUUUAAAGCUUUCAAAUUACAUUCCGACUAUCCAGCAAAUUCUGAUAAAAAAUGCAGAUCUAUUUUUGGUUUAUAUGAAGACUUGGAACUUAAUUUUGAGCGAAUCUGACGGUACAAAGGGAAUAUUUACUGUAUUACAAGAUCUCGAACAGACAAGUUUAUUUAACGAUUUAAUUGAAAAAUUACUAAAGUAUUACCAAAAUUAUGAGCCAGCCAUAACCGAAAAUGAUGAAUUACUAAACAUCUACGAUGAAGUAUUUGUCAAAUUGCUCAGUAGUUAUAAUAGUAUCGGGAAUGGAGGCAAGGUUCUCAUUACACCAGAAAUAAGAAUUUUAGUGCAAAACAUGGUAAUGGAAUUAGCGGGAGAAUGUACACAUUGCGCUGAAUCCAUAUUUAUCACUUCGAGUACCUCAGAGAUUGAACAGUUCCAAUCUGGGGGUGUGAUCCAAUUUGAAAAUAUGUAUAAGAUUGCCUCGCCAUUGCUUAAAUUAGGUAGAGUUGGGGAGUUUAUCAAUUUGAAUGGAUUCAAACAAGUUACAACAUUUUCUCAAUUACUCAUAUCAAAGCUACAGGACCAGGUGAACUUAGAAAGAUAUUUAACCACGACACCAACGCAUUUUCUACAGAACUACUCCAAUAUUACCAAUACUUUUAAGAUCAUCUUAGAUUUCUUUUUGACUUUAAAUUCUUGGACGCUAGAAGAACUAAUGUUUACUCCCGCAAAUUUACAGCAAAAUUUCGAUUUAGAAAUAACAUUUGCAAAUCUUAGGCAUAUACUAAGCCUAGAGCUGAGUCUUUUGCUUUCUGUCACCAGUUCACAUAUCAAAUCGAGCAGUAUUGUAAAUCAAUUGCAAACAUUAAUAGGUGUCAAAUUCAUUGACCUAUUGGUGUCUAUGAAGAUUUUCUAUUCAAAAUUCAGAAAGUCCAACGAAUUUAAAAACUUCCAAUUCUUGAGUGAUAUUGGAGAUGGAUUUUUCAUUGCAAGAUUGAAUAUAGAGAUAGAGCAAAGAUUGUUGGACAUUUUCCUUUUCAAAGAAGCGGUCUUAGGAAAGCUCUUAGAUAUUGAUCUUGAUAGAAGUGAGACCGAAGAUGUAAAUCUUGGUGAUCUUGAGCUCGAGGAGAAUGACGAAUUUGAUGCAAAUGACUCAAGAUUUGACGAAGACGACAUAGCAGAUGAAGAUAAUGCUACUUUAACCAAGCUGCAAGAGCAGAAAAUGGAGGAAAAGAGAAAUCAAAAGGUUUGGACAGCCGAGAAGGAAUUCUGUGUAUUUUCUAUGAAGUUAUUUACGUUGGUAAACCUUUCCAUGGUCGAUAGUGGACUAAAAUCCAGAAUCGAGCUAAAUAAUGAAAAGAUUGGUGGAUUGUUUAGCAAGAUCACCAAACAAAACAAUCCACAAUCAACCUUAAAUAAUGUUGAAGAAAUUUCGACUGACCCCGUUCAAACUGAUCAGUCAAUCAUCCAAACUGUUGAAACCUAA